AUGGAGAGCCUCACCUUGGACGAUGGUCGGCCAUAUGCACGGCGCCCAGAACACUAUCGGCUGAAAGAUCGUCGGAAUCGCUCGUCGCGUUUACCCACUCCAGAGGACUCGCAAAGCAGCAACGAAGGACUGGAUGGACGGAGCCCUCCCGAGACAGAACCACCCGUUCGGGAUCUUAACAUGCGAUCGCUUCCCGUCGAACGGUAUGCUGCAUAUGGCAUGUCCAGCGGAGCGAACCACGAUCGUCGAGACAGUCGCAAUACCGGAGCGCCAUACUCUCCUCCAUACCGGUCUUCAGAGUCACAAAAGCCAUCUUUGCCUCCGUUGAAGACUGUUCUUGGUACCAGCAUUUCAAGUCCACCUCGGACACCCAGCCCUCAUGACAUGUCAAUGCAGCUUUGUGCCCGAGAGCCAUCGUACACAGCCUCAACAUACAAGCCACCUUCACUGUAUCCCAACAAGAAGCAAAGGACAGAACCAUUUCCUACGUUGCAGUAUGGCAGGCCCGAUACUGCUCGUCCUACGUUUGCGCCCUCAGCUGUGCUCGAACCCAGAACGAACGGAAGCUCCAUGCGUCCCAGCCUUCAGUUCCCUGCUCUGGCUGCUUCCGUCGAUAGUCUCGAGGUACGGCGCAAUUCUGUCAUGGCCAGUCCACCAUGGGACACACAACAGCCGCCAAAGCACGGCACAAGAUCCACGAACGACAAUCCAGCAAACCACUACCAGACUCCUGAGCAAACUCCCACAUCUGCAAUUCUUGAACCUUCAUUUCCCAGGCCAAACGGCUACCAAGGCUCUGCCACAGAUCCCUUUGCUCGCGAAAUGCGUGACAGUUUCGGACAGUCAGAUGAUCGCGCAUAUUCUCGCAGACCCUCAGUGGGAGCAUACGCAGCAUACCCUGGACGGCCUUACGAACACAACGAUCCUCGCAUUCCUCCAUUUGCUCGGGACCCGCGCUAUGCAGGACACAUGAGAGAGCCAUACGGCGAGCACAGAGACUAUGCGCGAUCAUCACGAGUAGAGGGUGCAUUCGGGCAAGCACCGUACCCUGGUCAGGGAACUGCAUUUUUUAUGCCCAGUCAUUACGAAUAUCAGCAUGGAAAGGCGCGCAAGCGAAGUAAUUUGCCCAAGCAAUCGACCGAAAUAAUGAAGACAUGGUUUGAUCAGAAUAUUACGAAUCCUUACCCAAGUGAAGAGCAAAAAGCAGUAUUUUCCAACGCGACAGGUAUUAGCAUGACCCAAGUCAGCAACUGGUUCAUCAACCACAGAAGACGCUGCCCGGAGCUGCGCGACAGACGCGAGCGUGGCCGUGGCGGCAGCGAAGCUUAA